AUGCCGGGCAAAGACCUGGUGAAUCCAUGUGUGGACUGCAAGGAUGCCGAGUCCCUGUUCACGGUGCGCAAGCGGCAGCUUUGCAGAGACUGCUUCAUUCACUUCGUCGGAAGCAAAGUCAAUCGGCACAUGACGAAAUACCCCAGGCCUAAAAACCUAGAGGAUCCCUGCCCCCAGCUGCUCCUCCCCCUGUCCUUCGGUGUCUCUUCUUCCUCAUUGUUGCGACAGCUGGACGCAGAUCUUCGACGCCAAUUGAACAAGCCGAGACCCCGGAAAACCUACGAUCUGCACAUCCUGGUUGUCGACUCAUUGACCGCUCCCUAUGAUCAGAACUAUGAGGCGGUUCAGAAGGCCUUCCCAAUGCACACGUACAGCCGGGUGCCCUUCCACAGCGUUUUCGAAUAUGUCCCAGAAAUGCAAGACUUGAUGCGGGAAUAUGCUGGACCACAGUUCGCAGACGAUACGUCACGGACAGACCAAGAUCGUCUGGCUGCCUUUCGUGCGACUAUCUCCACGGCCACCUCCCAGGCUGACGUCGACUCCGUGCUUUUGACCAGGCUUGUCGUUGGCUUUGCGCAGAAAGCCGGCUGCGAGGCUGUCCUUUGGGGUGACUCGGACAGCCGUCUUGCUGCAAAAACACUUGCUGAGGUUGCGAAAGGACGUGGAGCUGCGUUGACCUGGCGCGCUUCCGAUGGGAUAUCGCCUUGGGGGUUGCGAUUCGAGUACCCGCUACGCGACUGGUCCAAGGCCGAGCUGCAGCAAUACGAACAAGCUUGCCCGGAGCUCGCAGACAUUGUCGUUCAUGAUGAACCGCCAUCGGACAAUGUAUUGACGAAGAACCUGUCCAUUGACGAGUUGAUGAUGCGGUACGUCCUGACGCAGGGCGAAAAGUACCCUGGUGUCAUGGCCAAUGUGUCCAGAACCGCCAAUAAAUUGGAAGCAUCUUCAUCAGACGAUUCUACCUCGUGCGCUCUCUGUGGAAACAUCAUCGGGAAUGUCAAGGGCAACACCGGCCUUACGGUCUCCAGUCAAUCGGGCGAAAAACAGGAUACUCAGUUCUGCUACGGGUGCAUGCGAUCCCGUCCGAAUUCUAUUUCCUAA